CAUUAGAUUAUCAUAGAGAAAGAUAGGAGGGAGCGGCAGCGCCAGGAUUUCAGAGGUGCUUCGCAACAAUCACAUCACUUCACAUCACAAAGGCAAGGGAGGCAAGAACAGAGUACUACAGAACCAGAGAAAGAGCGUGGACUGAAUUCAACACAACAGGUUUCCUCAGUACAGUUUACAUCAGCAAUUGGACUUCAGCAAGACGACCGUCCAACUACAAGAAUUAAUCCACUAACAAACUAUGCGAAGGAUUCCUUAAGCCCUCCCACAUCUUUCCUACUGCUUUUCUACAACACGUCUCAGAGGGGACCAGCCAUGAAGUCAGUCCUGGAUGGUAUAGCGGAUACCACGUUUCGGACGAUAACGACAGGUCUGGAAUACCUUGGUUCCAAUGAUGUCCAUUAUGAUGACUCCAGUGUUAAUGCAGACUUCACCAAGGUGGGGCACUCUUCGCAAAAACUACCUUUCUCUGCAUUCAAAAGCGGCUCAUUACAGGGGAAGGCAUCGGCCGAAGAGUAUCUCUUCUUAAAAGGCAUUCCAUUCUACCCCACAAACAUUACCGAUCUGUACACAAACAGAACUACCCCCAGCUACAGGGACGAGGAAGGCACUAUACAAUGUGGAGAGAACUUCGUGGACAUGGAGUGUUUUAUGAUCCUGACUCCCAGUCAACAGUUGGCGGUCGCUGUCCUGGCACUGAUCCUGGGGACAUUCACAGUUCUUGAGAACUUAGUGGUGCUGUGUGUGAUCCUGCACUCUCGCAGCCUCAGAAAUAGACCGUCCUACCACUUCAUAGGAAGCCUGGCAGUGGCUGACCUGCUGGGCAGUGUCAUAUUCGUUUACAGUUUUGUUGACUUCCAUGUAUUCCAUCGUAAGGACAGCCCCAAUGUGUUCCUGUUCAAGCUGGGAGGAGUUACCGCCUCCUUCACAGCCUCAGUGGGGAGCCUCUUCCUCACUGCUAUUGACAGGUACAUCUCCAUACACAAGCCAAUGGCUUACAAACGCAUUGUGACCAAGAUGAAGGCAGUCAUUGCCUUUUGCAUGAUGUGGAUCAUCUCAAUCAUCAUAGCGGUCCUCCCUCUGCUGGGUUGGAACUGCAAGAAGCUGAACUCUGUUUGCUCGGACAUCUUCCCACUGAUCGAUGAGAAUUACUUGAUGUUCUGGAUCGGAGUCACCAGUGUUUUACUGAUGUUCAUCAUUUACGCUUACAUGUACAUUCUGUGGAAGGCGCAUUCCCAUGCAGUUCGGAUGCUGAACCGCGGGACUCAGAAAAGCGUGAUUGUGCAUUCCUCGGAUGGCACCACAGUGCUGCUUACUAGGCCAGAUCAAACACGAAUGGACAUCAGGUUAGCAAAGACGCUGGUCCUCAUUCUAGUGGUUCUCAUCAUCUGCUGGGGCCCAGUCUUGGGUAUCAUGGUGUACGAUCUCUUCUGGAAGAUGAAUGACUUUACCAAGACCAUCUUUGCAUUCUGCAGCAUGCUAUGUCUGAUGAACUCAACGGUGAACCCCAUCAUCUAUGCCCUUAGAAGCAAAGAUCUUAGGCACGCUUUCCAGACCACGUUUCAGUUCUGCAAAGGGACGACCCAGCCCCUUGAUAAUAGCGUGGAGUCCGAUUGCCAGAACAAGCACGCAAACAAUACUGGCAGUGCCAACAAAGCUGCAGAGAACUGCGUCAGGAGCACUGUGAAAAUUGCCAAAGUGACCAUGUCUGUCUCUACAGAGACAUCUGCUGAAGCCGUCUGAACUGCCUUUUCAGGAUUUUAAUGUACUAAGCUGUGAUAUACAAGUCUCAUACAGCACUUACUGUUAAAUGUUUCACAAGAGUAAAACCUUCAUAACCUACAUAUUGCAUAUGGACUGUUAUGUGAGCCAGUGCAGUGGAAACACAACAAUACUUCUACCUGUUGUUCAGUUAAGCUUCAUUGUAUGACUUUGUGAGACUGUCGUUUAUAACAAAAAGGAUCAAACAUGUAAAUAAAGGGUUAAAGAAGGAUUCAAUUCCUAAUGUCAUUAAAUUGGAUAAAACAAAGUUAGUUUAAUUUGAUCUUAUUUGCCAGCGUGUAUCAACUUAAAUAACAGCAUUAGGUGACUGAAUUCAGUUGAGAAGAAUGUAUAUCUUUGUAACGAUGGGACAAAGGGGCUAUAGUGGUCUUUACCUAGAUUGUACAGCAAACAUGUUGAUAUGUAUAUUUCAGUUAAAUAUUUGUUUGUAAAUACUUGCAGCCAUGCUUACAAGUUACAGUACACAAGCAGUUUUGCAUUUGUACGACCCUCCCCAUCUGUGCACUUGGGUUGUUGUUAUGUAAUUUCACUCAGUCUUGCUUUAUAAAAAUUAGAUGUCAUUGUUCUUUAGAUUAUGCCUUGGUUGUAAAUGCAGCAUUAACAUGACAUAGCCUGACAGUUUAUGUUCCACUGCAUGCUUUACAGUGGAUAUUGAAUAUUAUUGGUAUAUGUAUUAUUGGUACGUGUUUUACUUUCAGUGUAUGUGUACUUGUGUCCAGUGACUUGAUGCUUCAGUUGGAUACUAGUUUGAUGUUUUGCUGGCUUUGUUUCAUGUCGUGCAGCAUAGGGUUAAUUUUGUACCGACAGGUACUUAUCACACACAAAACUGCAGUGCUGAAAACAGAAACCAUUCUACUACACGAAACACAGCCCUUCUUGGUAGUCUUGACCGGUUUUGUAAGACUUCCAGGUGGCUGUGGGCACGCCUUCUUUCCAGAGCUUGCUUUCAAGACAGCCCAUUCCUUCUAAACCCAUCGCUUCAAAAGAUCUGCUCAGGCAACUUUCUUUCAACGGACACAAAGAAAGUACUGUAUCUCUAACAUUAUUUGAGGGAUGAGUAAAAAAAAAAACAUAAAAAAAAAAAAUAGAAAAUCUGUUGUGUUUUAGAGUUAACAUAUUUAAGUAUUUUGGCAGAACCAGAUCAAAAGCUACUCCGUCACAUAGAAGCAUUACGCCACAGAGUUUAAGAGUCACCUGGUAUUACAUUCCAGGGACUCUGACAACGCUCUUCACAGGGGAAUUUACACAGCCCUAAUGUAUAUCUGAUGGAUGGCACACUUGACACGUUACAAAACGCAGUCAUAACACAAACCCGAGUAACACUUCUGUAGUAGAAUCAUACUGAAAACAGAAUGAGGAGUUUCUUUAGUUUUACUCACAUUUUAUAAUUAGGUGUUUAAGGUUAUGCUUGAAUUAUUUUGCACAAUUAUUAAAAGUGUCGGCCUUCCCCCAAUCCAUCGCUGCAGCAUUAUGUAAAUCACUGUUCAAAACUGUUUCAAAGCCAGUUUACAUCACAAAUGAACAGUACUAAAGAGGCUUGUCAGGAGGCUAAUGAGCAGUGUACUUACAGAGAUAAUGAAUGUGUAAAUCCCUUGAACUGGACAAAC